UCGAGGACUCACUGACAUCUAGCGGUGUUUUUUAUAAUGGCAGAUCAGAUAAGAUAAGAGUUUACUUUCAUAUCUCUGACAGUGUACUAAAAGUUAUACCUACCGUGUUUGACAAGCCGACUAAAAUACAGCUGAUGUCAUAAUAAAACCAAAUUAUUUACAUAAGGUCCAUAGGCGAAGCGAAAAGAAAGGCUAGCGUAACGCUAGUCGGUGCCAUGUUGCGGCAAGUUUAAUAAUGUUUGUUGGUAAGGUUAACAAGUAAGUACACUGACAUUUUGCUUUGGUUUCUAAAACCAAUACAGAAGAACUCAAGGACAGAUAUAAUUAAAAAUAACAAUGUAUUUUCCUUGUGGUGGAUGUCGUGCUAGCUAGCUUACUUAUUAGCCUGCCCCGUCUGUUUCAUGGUUGCCUAUAGCAACAACAUGAUGCUUUGCGACCUUCAGACAACCAAUAUAGGAAGGAAUGUGUCUCUUUUCGGUCCGUGAAGGCCGAUUGAAUAUGAAUAUGACGAAAUACUUCUGCAUAGUAGAAUUAUGUAUGACUUAUUAAAAGACAGAGCGCAGGUUUGUAGUCGAGCUCGGAUUUAACGUUCACAUGGUAAUUAACUUAAUGGACGCGCGACGUUUUUUGAGGAGCGUGAAGAGGAAACAGCCGAAUAUCUAUCACUCAAGUCGGGUCGAGGGUUGGUAAUAAAACCAGCGAGGUGUGAAUAUGCCUCCAGCAUCAGCAGCACACACGAUACCCACACACCCAGACACAGGUUUAGGUUUUUGCUUGCUGCUGGGCACUGACUAUGAAAGGAAGAAGAAGAAACUUCAGCAGGAGCUUCAGCUGGACUACGAACAUCAUGCUGCCAAGAUAAAGGAUCUGAAAGCUGGUGAACCUCCAACCCAAACCCACGGUGUCUCCCUCCCUAUCGACGAGAAGAUAUCGGUUCAGGAAAAACUAAGAGAAGAAAGACGUAGAGAAUACAAUCUAUUCCUACAAGAAAAGGCUCAAAUUGAAGCGUUCAAGAGGGGAAACCCUCCCGUCACUUCAAAGACCGGACCGGUGCGAGCUACAAACAAAUCUCCUCCCAGGGAGCGCCCUGCAUCCAGGAGAGAUGCUGCCAGUCUGACUGAGCCAGCGGAUCAUGGAGAAAGCUCCGGGACUUGGGGCCCAGGGCGUCGGAGACAAAGGCGCUGGCAUCUCAACAGACCAAAAGAGCCUCACAGCUCCGAUGAGGAGCCAAUGAGGGAGCGCUCUGCCUCCAGGAGAGAUGCUGCCACCCUGACUGACGCAGGAGAAAGCACAGGGACUCUGGGGCGAAGGCGUUGGCAACUCCACAGACCAAAUGAGCACUACGGCUCUGAGGAGGAGUCAAUCAUCAUCACGGACAGAGAAGAGGAGUCGGAGUCGAGGCGCAGCAGGCGACGAGACCAACUCCCUCUUGAAAGAGACGAGAGGAGAACCAGUGAACACACAGCUAACAGUGAAAUGCAAGUCAGCAUGAGGACGCCUGCGAGAUCCAGAGCUGCUACCAGUGAUGAUAUAGCCAAUUUUGCCACUGGACUAAUGAUUGGAGCAUCAGAAGACCGGGCAGCCUCUCAGAUGAGGAAAGAACAGUACCAACAAGAUCUGCUGAGACAAAUUUCUGAACGGCAGAGGAACAAAAUCAGGGAGAAGAACCUUGAGCUGGGGAUUGCCACCCAUGGAGCAAAAGAUCAGGAGAAACUGCAGUUGGGGGCUGUGAACCGGCGAUACGACGGCGGGAGACGACGUGUUUCCCGAGAGGACACGGAGCAGAGAGCUGCCCCAGGAAUGUCUCAUCUGGACUACAGUCCAGCUCUCAGUCAGCUCACAGAGACGACCGUGUCGGGAACAAGAUUGCCACAAGGUGCCCCCACCAUGAACCACUUUGAGGACGGCCGCCGCAGGAACUUCUCAAACAGGCCGGGAGAAGUGUCCGAGCCGAGGGCCGCUGGUGUUCCUCCCCCUUCGACUAAUAACUACAGGACUCCGCAUGAUGCCGGUUACUACUACUAUGGGACCAGCAAUCCAUUACAUCUGGAUCCUCCUUACAAUCAGAAUGUUCUGCCCGGAGGGAGGCGUCAGUUUGGGGAUUUCCACAGUCCUCGUCAAAGACACACUGAAGCGACUGACCAGCCUAUUGUGCCACCCUACGCUGUUGGAGAGCUUCCUGCGGACAAUUCCCAGUGGAGGAGACAGAAGGCACUGAGCCACCAAGAAGCGCUCAGACAGCAGAUUAUAGAGAGACAGGAGCUUAAGAGAAGAGAAACGGAAGAGAACCACCGAUAUGACGCUAAGAUAGAGGCCGAGAUGAUGGCGUACAACCCCUGGGGGAGAUGUGGAGGAGGAGCUUCUAUUAAAGACGGCCAAGGGAACCUUAUCAGUGACUUGAAUCAAAUGCACAGAACCAAUGAAGAGUCCUGUAGGAAUCCCGUAUCCAGGAGAAGCAGACACACACAAAGCUUUCUGAUGACUAAUGGACACACUCCUGUAGACAAAGGCCGUGCUCCUCUUUCCCACCGUCUACCAGAUGGAUCACAGUCCGGCUCUGACGUCGUUCUAGGGUUCAGUGAUCAGCGAGAGCAAUUAAACGAGGACCUGAAACAACAGAUAGAGGAUAACAAGCAAAGGCAGAGGGAGGAGAAGGAACGUCUGAGGAUCAAGGAGGAGAAAGAAGAUAAGAUGCUGGCGGACCAAAGGGCUCGCAUACAGCAACGAUAUGACGAGGAGCAAAGAAAGGAAAAGAUUAGUAAAAAAACCAAACCUGUGGUGCUCCAUGAGCAUAAGCAACAACACCAGGAGCAGGAACAGCGCGUGAGACAGGAAGAAGAGAUCGAGAAGAAGCCACCCGAGAACGCCGGGGACAGAGAGGAGAAAAAGGCGCGGUGGAGUCACGAGCGGAGAGAGCCCUCCCCUCCCAUCCCGACCCUGCAGAGGAAGCGGACGCAUCUCGUAUCGUCCAGACCUUCGUCUGUCGAGAGCCGACUCACCUCCAGGACUGAGGGCUCUGUGUCGACACCACAUUCUCCAGCAGUCCCUGAGAAAAUCUCACAGUUGGAUGGUCAGAAGGAAGUGAUCAGAGAGCUGUCAACCAUCCGUAACUAUCUGAGAAAUGAGCAGAGGCAACUGGAGGUUCAACUAGGCCAGACAGAUCUUCAGGAGACUCGGUACCCUCCGCCCAACAGACCCACAGGCCGACCCAGAGGGACCUUUGAAUCAAUGCUCAAGCAGACUGUCCAGCCACCAACCAGGAAUCCCUUCCCCGGUGCGGCAGACACAGCUUCUCGUGAGGGAGUCCGUCACAUGUACCCCGACCCUGCAGUUGGCGAACAGAGUCUGGACAUCCAACAGCAGGCACUUCUUCGUGAGCAGGAACGGAAAAUCAGGCUGAUGAAGAGAGAGGAAAAGCACGACUCUGUGAAACAGCAACUGAGCCACUAUCCUUCUAGGAACACCCCUGCAUCCUUCCAUAGAGACUCCAUAUUGCCAUCUGAGACCACUUUGAUAGGUAUUUACAGUGGAGAUGCACUGGAAGAGUCGCUACACCAUCAGCCCCCAGCGGAGCGACCGGAGAGCACAACCUCGCCAAGGAGACAUGACUAUGAUGAGGUGUCAGAGACCACGGAUCAGUGGGACCGGAUCAACCCACCGGUGACUGGUUUGAACCUUGGAUCCAACGUCAGGGCCCAAGACAAGCGUCCCGUCAGCAGACAAGACACCGAGGGACCGCCAGAUAAUGAAUUGGAUGACUUGUCUCUGUGUUCAGCCCGGGAGAGGCGUGUCUCCAUGGAGACGGUUCCCACAGAGGUCUGGCUACGGCCGGCACGUCGGAUACCGUAAAGCGUGCCGCGGCUGUACGGAGUGAGAAAACCGCGUGAUGGAUGAUGCUCCACCCUGGCUGACGCACCGCGCCUCACAGCUCUCCUUCUCCUCGGGUUGGCUGUUUGAACGUUGUUGCCGUGCAGCGCAGAAAUCGCUUUCUGCUGACUGACAUGUUAUUUGUGUGUGUGUGUGUUACAUUGCGCAGCUUUAAAUGCACAUUUCCAGUCUGACUAAGAAUAUUAAUGUCAGUUAGUUUAGAGAAGAACCAUUGUAGACAAAACAGAUGGUUUCACUCAGCGUGAAAAAUACACUUUUUAACCUGCAAUAAAAGUUCUGUCAAUACA